AAUUUUUCUACAGAAAUUAUACACUCGGAUACACAGCUCCCAGCGAGUACAUUACAGCCACGCAAGCUUUGCUCAUCGAAACGCUAGUCAGUAAGACAACCAAGAAUAAAAUUCCUCUAUGAACGCAACAGUGCAAUUGUCGAUGAAUUUGUAAAAUGAAUUGUUCAACCCACAAGAAACUAAAAUGGCAAACUGUAACAAUACUGCUUUGUAAUAGUGGAAACUUCUCCCAGCACGUCGACAGUUCACAGGAAUAUGUUUUCUUACAGCAUUUAUGCUGAUGAUGACUAUUCUCCUGACAAUGCGGACGAGUAACUCGAGUGUUCGUUUAUUCGCACCUUUUGCGAUUGGAUCGAUUUUUAUAGCCGGUAUCACCGCUUUUGGCUCAAACACCGGCGGAUCAUUUAAUCCGGCAAGAAGUUUUGCACCAGCUCUGUUCGCCAGACACUGGAACGAUCAUUGGGUCUACUGGUUGGGACCGACUCUCGGUUCGGUGGUAGCCGCUUUUUUAUACAAAUGCGUAUUCAAGUCAGCAAUUGAAGAGGAUGAAGAAUUGGAAGAAGAAGACGUAAUGGAUAAACCCAACGAUGAGGUAGCAAAAUCGGGAGAAAAAGGAUCGAAAGAAAGAAAAGGGGAAGAAAAGAAACUGUGAAAGUUUUAGAGCCAUUCAAUUUGAUUAUAGGGAUAGAAAUAAUGCGUUGAUAAUACCAGUUGAGAAAAAAAAACAACUACAUGGAUAUGUGUAAAUAACUGUAUUGCAAAGUUUUAUUCAAUCCAUGGAUUUUUAUUGCACCGAUUGUUAAUGCACUUCUUAUUUUAUAAUUAAUAUACAUGUGUUUUUAUGUAUAUUCAGGUUGUAUAUGUAAUUUCCCAAAUUUUUAUGUACAAUUGACGUAAAUCUAAUUUACAUACUACAUGUAUAAAAAAAAAAAAUGUUCACUUGUCAUUAGACAAAAUCUGUUUAGCUUGUUUUGCGGGCAUUCAGUUCAAUUUAUAUACUUUGAUUUCAAUCGGAUGAAAAAUUCAACAUAUGAUUACAUUAUUCCAUAAAAAACGGACAAUAUUUGACACGAAUAAAGUGUUGCAUGGAUAAAUUAUAAUUUA